AUGGGUCAAGGUAACAGCAGAGGGAGCGUCUUCGCCGAAGGCCUACCCAUCGUCGCUCCGCCCCGGGGUCAGCUGGGUGCGAUACCAAACUACACCGACCAGCACCAAGCCCGAACAUGGGUCUUCAGCUCGUCUCGGCCUGCCAAGCUGACCACAAAGGACGAGGAGGCAGCUGCUGCGGCAACAGCGAGCUCUGCAAUUGCUCAUCAAGAGGGCUACUCUGACACGGACAAUGAAGAUAAUCUCGAGAAGCCCAGUGCUACACCGGGCACCAACAGCAGCAGCAAUGCGUUCGGCGGCGCGAAGCCGAAACACCGCUUCGAGCCACGUAAGUACUUUGUCUCCGACCCUGCCAACGGUACCGUCGCCUUCACCUUGCGCCGGCGCUUGCACAAGGGCAUCAUCGAAGACAUCGUCGUCGCCGAUGCAGAAGGACGACCGCUGUAUCGCGCGAUCAGCAAGCACGGGUGGAAAUCUUCUUUUGGCACCUUCCACGCCUACGCAUACAACGAGGAGGCACAAGCGGCAGAUGAGCAUGCGGAGGACCAGGAAAAGAAGCAGGACAGAGACUACCUCGUGGGACUGGCGCAGGACGAGGCGGACGAGACCCUAGGUGUUCGGGCGAGCUUUACCAUCACCGUUAGGUACCGAACGCGGAUCAAGCUCAACAUUGCAGCAAGUACGAUUGCCGAUGGCGGCGCUUCAGCCAAGCUCGUCGAAGACGCGAAGAACAGCUUGUCUGGCGAGCCUCUGGAUCGGGUGCAUAUGCAGAUGCGUGUGCAGCGAAGCCACGGCGCACUGAUCAUGCAGCAGGACGGCGAGCGAGUCAUGACCAAGAAGGAGCGCGAGAAGGCAUCCAAACAGGAUUCGCUCCGCGCACAUCAAGUGAAUAGCAACAGCGCUGGCGCGCUACCUCACGACGACGACGAAGAGUCAAGCGAGGGCAAGAAAAAGCAUUUCUGGAGCAAGAGGAGCAGCAAAGACAGCGAGGACGAAGAAGAGGAAGAUGACGAAGACACCCAGGUGCAAGCGCUCGGUGGUCAGUCGCUGCUCAAGCUUGGGACCGUCGAGUCGCGCAAAGAAACGGGCUUCUUCAAGCGGACCUUCUUUCCAAGCUGGGACGUCACCGUUGCGCCACGCAUCGACCCGACAAUGAUCGCAACCUCUAUGGUCGUCGCUGAGAUCGUCGCUGAGCAGGCGGCUGCGGCUAGCGGCGCAGCGGGGACGGCAGGUGGCACCGCUGCUGUUGUGUCGGUGUGA